AAGGUCGAUGGGACGGACUCGGCGCCGGCCAGAAGACGGCCGCCCAGCUGAAGGGCCGGCAGGCGACCGCGGUAGGCAGCGCCAACAUGGACGCGGCGGCGGCGGGGAGGAAACGCCUGAAGCAGACCAAACUGGUCUUCUACACGGGCCGCUUCUUCCACGAGCAGUGCUGGAAGUUGAUCCACAUCGCGAGGGCGGUCGGGCGGGCUGACGGGAAGAAUGUUUCCGCGUGGUGCAGCGACUGCAAGACGAACAUCACCAUCCAUAUUGAGAAGUGGGGCCUGGAGGUGGUCGGCAGCGGCACCGAGGCGGGGGCGGCGGCGGAGGUCAUUGAUCUGUGCGACUGUGACUGAGCGGCAGAUGCAGGUGCAGGGCCAGGAGACGUGGGGCGGUGGCCAGUAGCCGGCUGGGGGCGCGGUGCCGUCGCAUUAGAGUUGGACGUGACACUGGGCGACUAGCGUGCGUGCAAAGGUAUUCGGCUCUGUGCGUGUGUGCUGUGUGGUACGGCAUCAUCAGUGCAUGCGUGUGGCCUGACUUGGAUGCUACUGAUGUUAGG